GAAGUAAUAAUUUCCCCAAUAUAUAAAUAAGCAUAACCUCUAAUAACUUAAUUAAUUGAAUAUUAAAGUACUUAAUAUUUAAGUAAUAAAAAUGGUUGAGCAACAAAGACAAAGGGUUGAGCAGGAAAUGACCAAAUUGGUUGAUGAAUUGGAUAAACAAUAUUUAAGGCAAAUGCAGGCUGAUAUGCACAGAUGUGCGGCGAAGUGUUGUGACGAUAAAUCUGUAUCUUUGGAAAGAGUUCAACAAUGUGUAGAACACUGCUCAGGUCCACUGAAUAAGUCUCAAGGAUAUGUACAAUCAGAAUUGGAAGGAUUGCAGAACAGACUUCAAAGAUGCGUUAUGGAAUGCAAUGAUGAUAUUAAACUUAAAAUGGGACCAAAUCCCUCAGAAUCAGAAGUGAAUCGUUACAGUCUAAUGUUUGAGAACUGUGCAGUGAAAUGUGUAGACAAACAUGUUGAACUUAUACCAUCUGUAAUGAAGGCAAUGAAAACUGUGCUUGCCAAACACAAGAAGGAAUCUGUUUAAGAUCUGUGCUAGUGCUGUACAUAAGUAGAAUAUCAAAUAGGUAGAAUCAAGUGUGUCAAUUGAACAAAUGUGAUUUAAAAUCCUUGGAGUUUUCUCCUGGUUUUAUCGAAGAUUUGUUGACUAUUCCAAAAGUAAGCAUUUUAACUACUGCUUAAGAGUCUUAUAUAACAUUUAUAUUUUAAUUAAAUAUACAAGUUUGAAAAGAAAA